AUGGUGAUGAUCCCACCACCACCGCUCUACUACAAGCCCUCCAGAGUUCCACCAGUGGGACCAAUAUUUUCCCGCCAAAUAAUGAAGAAGAGAAGGAAAAGAGUAAGAAGGGGUACAGGGGAGUCUGGCAGAGGCCGUGGGGGAAGUGGGCUUUGGAGAUACGAGACCCCCGGAGAGCGGGUGUGGUUGGGCACGUUCGAUACGGGAGAGGCGGCGGCAAGGGCUUACGACAAGGCUGCCAUUGAGUUCUGUGGAGCCAGAGCCAAGCUCAACUACCUAUUGUCAGAAUAUGAUACAGAGGGAUCAAACUUGGAACGAAACCGAGAAAAUCAAGAGCUUAAUCCCAAUGCAACUGACAAAGCACAAAGCUCACAGUACGGAAACAAGGAAGAGCUCAGGGCCAACUCAUUGGAGAUGAAGAGUAGUGAGACAGAGACAAUUACGGAAGAGGGUGAAGAGUUUUGGGAAGACCUUCCUCCACUUAGUCCACUAUAUAUAGAUAUAUAA